AUGAUUGAGGCAACCUGGAAUGACAACUCACUUACCAGAGAUCUGAGUGUAUAUUUAGAAAAUCAGGUCAAAAUCAAUCUGUCAAGUUCAGGGGUAGGUUUGUCUCUUGUUUUGGGAAUCGCUGCUGCUUAUGUCUGUUAUUACCUGAGCUCAGUUGCAAAGAAGCCACAGCUUAUCACAGGGUCAGCAACAUUCGCUGAGUUUCUACGGAGGUAUUGUCCUGUGGUGACAGAGACAUAUUAUCCGACUUUUUGGUGCUGGGAAGCAAGAGUCCAGACACUGCUCAGGCCACUCAUCAUAACUAAACCUUGGGUGGAAUACAGAAAUGAACUCAUUAAGACAGCAGAUGGUGGGCAUAUUUCCUUGGACUGGAAUAAUAAUGAUGACAAUGCACUCUAUCCUGUUUCUGCUACAAGACCUAUCAUACUUAUCUUACCUGGACUUACAGGAAACCGCAAGGAAUCAUACAUACUCCACAUGGUUAAACAGAGUGAAAGACUUGGAUACAGGUGUGUUGUUUUCAACAACAGAGGAGUUGCUGGAGAGAGACUUCUGACUCCCAGAACAUAUUGCGCAGCCAACACUGAAGAUCUGGAAACAGUCAUUUCGCAUGUACAGAGUACCUUUCCAGAAGCUCCUCUGAUGGCAGCAGGAGUCUCUAUGGGCGGAAUGCUCCUCUUGAAUUACCUGGGUAAGAUUGGCCAGCAGACUCCAUUGAAGGCAGCGGUAGUCUUCUCCAUUGGCUGGGAUGUAUUUGCCUGCACAGCUUCACUUGAGAAACCACUUAACUGGAUAUUAUUUAAUUACUACUUAACCAAUUGUCUUCAAGCUUCUAUCAACAGGCACAGGCAGAUUUUGGAUAAAUUAUACGUUGACUAUAUCAUGAAGGCAAAAACUAUCAGAGAAUUUGAUGAACGGUUUACAUCAGUGAUGUUUGGUUAUAAGACAAUUGCUGAUUACUACAGAGAUGCUAGUCCUUAUCACAAACUGAAGUCUAUUGGAAUUCCUGUCCUGUGCUUAAAUGCAUUAGACGAUGUUUUCUCACCAGCUUAUGCCAUACCUAUGCAAUCUGCCAAACAGAACCCAAAUGUUGCACUACUACUGACUGCACAUGGUGGUCACAUCGGCUUCCUGGAAGGAAUAUUUCCACGACGAAUGACUUACAUGGAUAGAAUCUUCAAACAGUUCAUACAAGCAGUUUUUGAGCACAAGGAUGAACUGAAAAGUACAUAACUCUUUAAAUCUGUUCAUUAACACGUCUUCAUAUCUAAAAUUUGCACCCAAAACUGUUGAAGGUUCCCAAACUGGUUCUUGAAUACAUUAUAAAGUAGAAAUUUACGUGUACUUUCGUGUAUUUAAACUGCCAGGCUGUCUAUUACUUAAAUUUGUCCAGAAUUUAACAAAGCGUUUAUAACAAAGGGAUGAAUA